AUGGUCCGCGAGGACCUCGUCAACUCAGCGGCAAGUCCAUUCUCCGCGCCCGCCUUCACCCACGCGCUAACCGCCAGCAGGUUACAUGACCCCUCUGUGGCCAGCGCUCCCGUCGAGAAGCGCAUUGCCUUUCUUCAGUCCAAGAAUCUCACCCAGGAAGAGGUUGAUGCCGCCCUAGCUCGCGCAGCCGGCGACGGUCCGCCGCCGUCGGCCGUCUCAGCGCCCUCGGGCCCUCCCCCAGCCUACGGCUAUCAACAGCCACCGCCGCCUCCCGGAUAUGGCUCGUAUCCCGGAUACUGGCAACAGCCCCCUCCGCCGCCGCCGGUACCGAAACGCGACUGGCGAGACUGGUUCAUCAUGGCCACGGUCAUGGGUGGGGUUGGCUAUGGCCUCUAUUUCACGGCAAAGCGCUAUAUCUACCCUCUGAUAGCACCCCCGACGCCACCACAGCUCGAGCAGGACAAGAAAUCCAUUGAUGAGUCGUUCGAGAAAGCCUUCGCACUUCUGGACCAGCUGAACACGGACACAACCGCCCUCAAGGCGUCGGAGGAAGCAAGGACGCAGCGCCUGGACUCGGCCGUCACGGAGAUGGAGUCGGUCAUGGAUUCUCUCAAAGAUUCUCUGAAGCGGCGCGACGCCGACAGCCGCCGGCUGGAGGAUGACGUGAGAGGCCUGCGUGACUUGAUCCCGAAGGCGCUCGAAGCCCACAAGGAGGGCACGGACAAUAGAUUGAAGGAUCUUUCGCAGGAGCUGAAGAGUCUGAAGACGCUGGUCGGGAACCGCAUGGGGUCAGGUGUGCCGAGCACAGCGUCGAGACCGGCGUCAGGUGCGAAUAUGUGGGGCUCACCAGCGGCUGGAGUGAAUGGCAACUCUGGCGGGGUGUCGACUUCCGCGCCCCCCGCCGCGGCUCCGCCUGCUGCGGCUGGAGGUGCCACGACCAGCGCGGGCGAGACGCAGCAGCAGGACAGUAGCAGCUCGUCGGCAGCGACCCCCACGGCCCAGGCAUCUUCAAGCCCGUACGCCAGGUUCAGCAAUGGGCGGGCGGCGAUCCCAGCCUGGCAGAUGGCGGCAGCCAAGAAGAACGAGGCGGAGAAGAAGGACACGUCGGAAAGCGGCACGGUCAGCGAAGCAGGUGCUGGGGCGUAA